UAUGUGCUCACACGUUCUGAUGUUUCCGACAGCACCAGAACGCAGCACCGGCCUCUGGUAAUCCAUUAAAACGUCUAGACUGUCCAGAUUUAUGCGCAUACGCCUCUUACACUGAUAUCUCUCCUCUGAUUGGACAACAAUCCUGAUCCCGCCUAUCCAAAUUUGACGGACAGACAAAUUGACUAAUGGCAACGGGUAACGAGGCUGUCAUCUAACUCAUGAUUGGUGAUUUGGUCUGGACAAUAUGAAUGGCAACAUGUAUUGUUCGACGUCUUCCCGAGACAGUGGCAACUUUGUGGAUUCUAACUCCGGGCAAGUCCUUCAAUAGUUUUCUUUCACCGUUACGACCGUAAGUUUAACCGACAAACUUUGUCGGCAGUAAUACCAGCGCAUGGAGAGGAUUUAGAGAAAGAAAAAAGUGGUUAACAUUGCGUCGAACGAAGCUAAUUGCUGAACAACCCCAGACCAGCUUUGGUGAGCGUCAGGAGAGUCGGCUCUCCACCCGGGCUGGAGAUGGGGGAUCCAGAACCUCCAGAGUUUGGGUCCCUGGAGGAGGAGCUGGAGUACUGGAAGGAACAGGCUGCCAGGCACAAACAGAGUGCGGAGGAAGCUCAAGAGGAGCUUCAGGAGUUUCAGCAGAUGAGCCGGGACUACGAGGUGGAGCUGGAGACGGAGCUCAAACAGUGUGAGGCGCGAAACCGUGAGCUUCUUGCUGCCAACAACCGCCUUCGCAUGGAACUGGAAAACUACAAGGAGAAGUAUGAGACGCAGCACUCUGAGGCCUGCCGGCAGAUCUCCAGCCUGGAGGGAGACCUGGCUGAGACCACGGCCAUCAGAGACCAUCUUCACAAAUACAUCAGAGAGCUAGAGCAGGCCAAUGAUGACCUGGAGAGAGCCAAGAGGGCGACCAUCAUGUCACUGGAGGACUUUGAGCAGAGGAUGAACCAGGUCAUAGAGAGAAAUGCAUUUCUUGAGAGCGAACUGGAUGAGAAGGAGAAUCUCUUAGAGUCUGUCCAGAGACUGAAGGACGAAGCCAGAGACCUGAGGCAGGAACUGGCAGUGAAGCAGAAACAGCAGGUACAGGACAGGAAGCCGUCCCUCAGCAGUGUUGUCAAAGAGCCUUCAUCCUCCUCUUCCUCCUCCUCUCCGCUGCCCACACCCACCCCCACUCUCUCUCCCCCUCAAAGGACAGAGGACAAAAGCACAUCUUCAUCCUCUAACUCCCCCCCCCCCCCCACCACACCACAGACGUCCAGAGCCCCAGCGGAGUCCGCCAGCCACACGCCGCCGUCCGUCAGCAGAGGCGAAAGCCUUUCAGGGACUCCUCUCACCACCUCGGCGAGAAUCUCGGCUCUGAACAUCGUUGGAGAGCUGCUGAGGAAAGUCGGGAACCUAGAGUCCAAGCUGGCAUCGUGUCGGGAAUACGUCCACGAGCAGGCAGCUAAUCGCAGAGGUCACGCAGGUGGACAGGGGGCGCCGGCGGGCCAGAACAACUCCUCAGAGACCCAUCCUACCAACGGGCUCUACAACAAGGGGCUGGUGAAGAGGUUAGACUUCGGAGCGGGACCCAAGCUGCUGCUGUGAAUACGAAAACAUGCUCCACCUCGACUCUUAAUCCUCUGAGCUGCUUUGCCCUUCCUAUCCGUCCAGCCUGGAUCUCUCAAACAUUUAACGGUACUGUGUGUUGCACAUCAUACAGGUGGUUUCACACCAUCUGCCUCUUCAGGACACGGACGACUCUAAUAGGAAGCUUCGGUGAUGAAACGGAUGGAUAUGUCACCGUGGAUGCUCUGGGGUGUCUGUUACCAGCCCAAAUCUUUUCAGCACUCGCACUUAGCUUGAACUAACUUACUGGACUCAUGCUGCAUGUCACCACCUCACCUCCUUGGGUUGGAUCCGCCAAGUAUUUUGCGCUUUUUUUUUUUUUUUUUUGAGUCCCUCUACAGGUGUGUUCAGACUGAAUGCAAAGUGAACCUAACAUUACAUACAGUAAAUAAAAAGACACUAUCAGAUGUGGGUUCGCUCUAGGUAGUGAGAAUUGAGACCAAGAUAUGUCCAAUAAAAUUGAAAAUGUUUCAUUAUCGGAAAGCUGCACUACACAGUAUUUCCCACAGUGUACUGUAGUGGAGGAUGAAUUUCCAGAAGGAAACAUCUCAUGUAUGUACAGGAACAGCAGGAGCUUUCACACUCGUCAUUUAAAGUGUCUUGUAUCCGAACAAAAUCUUGAUGAGAUUUAAUACUCUUACGUUUACACUUAGCCACGUAUAGGCGUCUCUGUCAGCCAGGUCUCAAAUCUGAAGAUCAUCCGUCUUGGUUUUUCCUGUCUACACGCAAAUGAAGGUCUGCUUUGCCCCAGUCCAGAAAGUGGCAGUGAUGCAGCUGAAGCUGUUUAGUAACUCUCAAAAACACCAGAAGAAUAAUACUUUCACUGAACUUCAGCAGUUGUUUUUUUAAAUUUUUUUUUUUUUUAAACAACAAUUAAGUUAUCGAUAACGGCUAGCAAGCUUAAAAAAAAAAUGUAUCGUCUUCACAGGCUCCUGAGGUGGUUUUACCAUUCGGGUUUCAGUCUGUCCGCUUCUUGGAUGUAUUUACACUUUGCUUUUUUUGAUACCACAAUCUGAUCUGUCCAAGACACAUGAAGCGACUAAAAGCCCCUUUACACUGUGCGAUUGUGGGCCGUCUGAGGCGUAAGUCACGAUUCGGAGGUUUGGCGACCAAAGACAGAAAAAUUCAGACACUGUCAGAAAUUAAAUUCUCACAGUUGGACUGCUGCUGGGCAUUCACUGCACAAUGUGACAUGCCUCAAUUGAUACUGUAAAGUCUGACGCAGAGACCAGGAUUUUAAUAGACCAGUCCCACUCAGGUCGUCGAUAUCGCACAAUCUGAAGGCGCCCUAACUGUAAAUAGUCAGUUUGGAGGAAAACGAGAGAGACAACUGGAGUUCAUGUAUGUUCGUCUGAGCCACAGCUCAGACCAGUGUCAGACAGGAAGUUCGCUCCUGUUGUCCAGUUACAACAAGUGUCUGUGCUUUCACAUUUGUUGAUUUUUGUUAAACACAGUCUGCUAAAAAAAAAAAAAAAAAGAAAAGUCAGUGGCCAAACUUGCACAAUUAAAGCAAAGCGAAAAUUAGCUUAUUGUUUAGUCUGAACACACCUUAAGGGCGUUUGAGUACUUAAUACUGGAAGGGCACUUUUAUCUACAUGUGAGGAGAAGGUUUUUGAGAAUGUUUUAAAUACUACUUUUAAACUUUUAAGGGCUUGUUGUUUGUCCUCAUAAUACCACACUGCCAACAGAUGGCCAAUAUGCCUCCGCAGUCGCAUUUGUUGAAGAAUGGGUCGGCAAAAAAGUGAGAUCUGUUUCUGGUAAACUCCAGCGACUAAGUGCCACUAAUCACAGAGAGAAUGAAAAAGAGAAUCAAAGUCCCUUAUUAAAGAAAUGUUGUAGUCCACAAAGAUUUUAAAUCAAAUGUUUUUUUUUGUUUUUUUUUUUUUUACAGAUAAAUUAGUUUCCUGGUCAUAGACUGCAGAAGAACACAGACUUUGAAUUUGUGUUGUCACCCAUAAAUUUCUGAAGAGGGAGAUUUGAAGUGUGGAAUUUAGAUUUACUACUUGCUGCCGUCUUGGCAGUUACUGAGGGAAGAUGCUCUAAGGGAAAUAGACUGGGUUGCGCUAGCCUGGGAAAAAAGAAAGUAGCAAACACCACGGCUGAAUGUGCCAGGCUGAGACCUCUGUAAAACAAGCAAACAUGCUUUCAAACAUGCCGUACAUCUCUGUAAGCCUUAAUGUUUUAUUAGUGUUUAAUAGUGUUGUUUUUUUUAUCACUAUGGUAGAUGUUGGGGAAAAGUUAAUGUUGUUAUUUAGAGCAUAAUGUUGUCUGGAAAAUUUUUACUUUGCAUUUCAAGAGAGAAAUGUUUGAAGGAUCUUGCUUGAUACCUUGUGGUCGUCAGUGGUACUGCAUCUUAAAGCUGCCUUAAUGAAUAUCUUUUUAUUGCAAUGAAUCAAAAAUGAAAAGGACUCACUCGUAGUGAUGAAGAGAUUAUCAGCAUUAGGGGUGGACGGUUUAAAUGGUAUAGAAAGUACACCGGUAUGAAUUUGCCCUGCAGUCUGGGUUUUGACUAUACUGUUCUGACCAGCCCUCGCAUAUCUAAAGUGGCCAUGAUGUAACUACACCAGUGGGGGGCAGCAGUGCACUCAAAUCGUGCCUUGUCUGCUGGAAAGAAGAAGAAGGAAGCCCCUUUUAUACAGCCUGUUCAAGGCGGGAAUAUUGCGACGUUAUUCCGCCUCGUCGCUCUGUAUAACAUGUACGAGCACGGAGUUCGGGGAAGGGGGCACUGUUCCACCUUUUGUGCCGGAAGCGGAGGUGGUCACAGAGACAAAUCGAUGCCUGUGUUAAAGGGCUGGCCAGCAUGGCGGGACAGACGCAGACGCUUUUGUAUUACACAUCACGCCUCUGAUUCCAUGCAGUCUUAAAUUACGCAUGGGGGCAGCGUUAUACCGGCUUUGUUGGGUUCCGUGUAAACGCUCAAAGCCGGCAUAAUGAGGGGUCGGCGAUUGUAGCGGGAUCUCUGUUUUAAAGGGGCUGAAGAUUCGCAGCAAGCUUCGAAUCGUCUGGGAAAUGUGAGAGCUUUGUUUGGAAACGAAGAAAUGGCUGAAAGCGCCGGACACAACGAAGUAAAGUGAAAAAGACCGAUGCCAUUAUAGAGACAGGGUUCGCGUUUAAAAGGUCAGACAACGAGCAGAAAAUGAUAAUCUGCAAAUCCUGUCCGACGACAGUGGUCGCCAUGGUUUUAAGAAAAACAAACAUACCGUGAUAUAUACCGUUACCAUCCAUGCUGCAAUUUAUACCGUGAUUUAAAUAUUAGGCCACACCGCCCGGCCCUAAUCACCAUCCUCAUCUCUGCGGCGCUACAGCGCUUUUUAGCCUUGUUAAGCUUCUAGUCUUGGUCGUACGACUCAUUCCGUGUAUGGUUCAUUCUUAAGAGUUCUGGUACUCUGGCGGUGUUUCAAGAAAAUUAAUUUGGACUGUGAAUAGGUAUUUUAUUAUUUUUCUGUUGAAAAUGAGGGAUUGCUUUCUCUCCUUGUAGGCCGAGCUCAGUGCCAGAGAGAGAGAGCGGUUUUAUCUCGCUGAACUCCAUGCGAAUCUGUAAAUGUGCCUGAUGGAAGCAGAAUUUCAACUGGAAAUACAGGAAGCUAGAAUCUGCCGCCUUUGUGGCUUGGUCCCAGUUUGCGGUGUAGAUGUCGUUCGGGAAUUUCCAAAGUGUUCUUUGGCCCCAUUCCUGAUCACACUCCGUUAAUAUUGAGUCCAAUCCGAUACUUACAUUUACCUAAAUGACACCUCUCUCUCUCACAAACAAACAAACAAACAAACGGGUUCAAAACAGUUAAGUUGAAAACCAUAUUUUAUUAUUCUGAUAGGAGCAUAAGUUUAACUGGGAGAGUGUGACUCCUGAAACUGACCUGACACGAUCAGAUGUUUUACUACAUAAGACUCAUAAUGUGGGUAAUACACAGAAGAGUAGAGUAGAGAAAGCACUGGCAUUUGAUCAGGUUUAUACGAGCCUGUAUGGAUCCCUUUAAAAUAUUCCCGGAUCGGUCUCCGGGACAUCCCUUGGCCGUUACUGGCCAGACUGCGGUGAAAUCCUUUGUGCAUGUUCACGGUCCCCUGAGGAUUUUGGAGCCUCUAACCUUUGCUUUAGAGCCAGAUUCAGACCCAACCCCCUUUACACUAGAAAAAUCACAACCUAAUACGCAGUUUGCCCUGAAAUUUCAUUCAUGUCCUCUAGAGGAGGAGGCUUCAGCACCAUCCUCUGGGUGUUCGAGGCUCAAAUACUGAUAAGGCUGUAAGAAUAGAAAAUCAUCAGUAUGUCGAAUGUGCUCGCACCUGUUUGCAAGUUUUUAAUGCCUGUUCGCUGCCUAAAGCCAUUUGUGUGUUCAGUCCAUCCAGUACUUUUAAAUUAUGGCGUGAAAUGAACAUUGUAGAAUUAAGGCGCUGCCAGUGGAGCCUUGUACUUUGUUUUAUUUCGUGAUUGCACCGUCGGUGUAGCAGACGAGUAGAGGAGGCACCUUUUAGACUGAGGAGACACUCUUCGAAAUAAGUGAAUCCCUCCGCGGAGCUCUGCUUCUGUCUUUCCAGGAGUGAAACUGGAAAACUCCCUCUGUUAACGAGGAGAUAUAAAAACUUCAGUGAAGGCUACUUGUGUUUUAUGUUAAAAAAGAGAAAAGUAUGUAAUAGAUUGACUUGUUAGCGUUUAAAAACUGUAACUCUACUGCAGGGUUACUAACGUAGGUUGAACAUAUGUAGGUUGUGGUUCAGUUGCUUGAGUCCGUAGACGGGAUCGACUCACGAGUAGCUGCUCAGGGCGAGUGUGAAUUAACAGCAGCAGCAGCCGACUGGACCUUUCCAGUAAAGGUCAGUGUGUGAAAACCGAGGUGGAAAAUGAGGCUUGUUGGGGUUUGGGUUUUUUUUGUUUUUUGUUUUUUUGUGCCUUCUGUGACUCUAUAAAAGUACUUACAUGCUCAUAUAUGAAGUGCUAAGACCUGUUCUGUUCUUUGUUGUUUCUAUCUUCAGUGCUGCUUAUGAUGCGUCUCCAAAAAGCAAUAAAACUUGAAACGU